CUCAUAAUCCAAAAACAUGUAGUAGCAUGUUUCAGUUUUCUCCGCUUGUUGUUGUUCUUUGUUUCUUGGUACUGUCGAAAGAUUGCUUCUUAUUGUCCGAAGCAUAUGCUAAGAAACCACCACUUAUUCCUUUGUUAGGAGCGUCUCUACUUUUGGCAUUACAUCAAACGUUAAUCAUAUCGUAUCUUAAUUUGGCUAUCUUGACAUUAAGGUAAGGUAUUUAAAUGUGUCAUCAAUCAAGGUUUCUGUGACUAGAAGCUGUCUCUCGAUCCUCCUCGACAUCAGGAAAUGGAAAACUACAGGGUCAGGUUCCUUUGGUUCUGUUUGGGGAUCCUUCUUCUUCUUCUCAAUUGUGUUCAAGCUAACAACUGGCCACAGCCCCUAAAAAAUGUGAAUCUAAGUCCAUUCUGGCAAUGGAGAAGCGCCUAUGAAUGCAUGUCAAAUGAAUCUGCAAGGUGCUCAGCCAAUUACAAAAUAAAACUAUCAGGGGCAGUGGUUGUAAGCCAAAGUGAGGUGGUCGAAUACUGCAAGCCAGGUGGGUGUGUAGAACAUGUCUAUUAUGUGCUUAAAUGCAUCCAUUAUGUAAAAAGAGACUUCUGGUUUGCAAACAAGGCUACUGUGUUGGACCUCAAUCGUACCAUUUCUCAAGCUUGUGCCACCGAGUCAGGUUUUAAUACAACAAUCUUCAGCAGCAGUGGAAUGAAGACACUUCAGAAAGUAUACAUGUCCUCGCUCUCAUCUCUACUUGCACUGGCUUUCAUUGCCAUCUUCAACAUGUGAUACCCUUUUUUUCCUGGUAGUAUAAUCCUUGGAAGAAUGUAAUUGGUACUUAAAUAAGCUCUUCAUUGGUGUGCUAUUUCAAGAAUGAGCAUGUGAAAUUAUAUUGUUGUGUUUAACUGCAACUUGGAUAUCUAUGUUACUCCCCAGGUUUCAU